AUGCUAAUCGAGAAGCAACAUUCCUCGGCGGGCCGUAUGUCGCAAUCAAUACUAGGAAGUGAACGACGAGGUUGGCUUGUUCCUUGUGUGCAUAAGAUCCUGCUUGCUGCCGUUGCAUCUGCAAGCCAUCCAUUUGUGGCGUGCCGUCAUCACGGAUGA